AUGUCUACACUCCAACAUACCCGAACAAAAAAUUAAAAUGAGCCAAUCCGACUUUAACCAAUAGAAGUUUCAUAUAAGAGUACUCUUUUUAAAGAAGAAACACAAUCCACAAUACAUAAUCGCAUAGAGAAGAAACAAUAAAAGAAGAACAACAUGAACGGGCAAGAUGAAGAAGAACGAAAAAAGAAAAUAAAAGAAAUUUUGAAGAGUGGACUGGACGACCUGGUUAACGUGAAUUCACUGUUGAGCAUAGCGGUAUUCGUGGGACUAUCGUACGCGACGCCAGGCCAACGCAGCCUGGAGAACCGACCGGAGUGCGACGCGGAGCCCCGACAGGCCAAGAACCUCGUGGUACUAGAAGUCGUAGCGUUCAGUUUCUUCCUCUUCUCAAGCCUCGUUGCAAAGUCAUUGAAAGUUAAUGUACAACUUAACGACGAAAACUUUGAGACCUAUAAACCAGGAAAAGCACGUCUGACGUCGUGGAAAUGGGUGUUCCUCAUCUUGUCAGUGUUGGCGUCGUUCUUGGGUUGUUUUUUCUUAAUGCUUUCGAUGUUUUAUCUGAUUCAGAUAAGGUUGGGAAGGCUGUCUUGCAAGAGCCCAUACACACAAGGAGCAACUCUAUUGAUGACUGCUAUUGUUUGUGUUGGUAUGCUCAUCUAUCUACCUCUAGUCGUCGCUGCUGUACAUAAGACUUUGCAUUUGGAUUUGCGUUCUCCUCCUACUGCUACUGCUGCUGCUGCUGCUGCUACUACUCCUGCUGCUGCUACUACUACUACACCACCUUCAGGAGAAUGGAAACAACAAAGCUAGGCUGGCUGGGUGGGCUACUAGUAGUACCCAAAUUGUUAGACCUUGUUGUCUAUGUUGCUGGAAAGAAUACUGUACUGUUUGUGUCUGUGUUUUGUUUGUGUAUAAAAAUAAGAUGAAAGAGUGUAUGGUAUGCAUUUUAAUUUAGUGAAAUAUGGAGGAGCACGAGUAUGUACUCAAAAAAAAUCUAAUUAAUAUUUUAAUUUUCGAAAUACAUUUUUUUUUUUAUUGCGUA